AUGACGGCCUCAGCCGCGGACACAACCGCAACCAGAAGAGAGGCUUGUCCCUCGGAGGUCAUGGGUUACUCCCGCACCCUGAACUGGUCAUCUCCGCCCAGCAAGCCCAGCAGCAGCAGCAGCAGCAGCACGAGCAGCCUACCGCGCUCCCAUACUCCACCUUCCAGCAGAAGCCCGUCUAUUCUACGCCCUGCGCCGCAACAUCUCCGCAAGCUAGCUUCCUAUUACCCAUCCCCCAACCGGCCUCUUCCCGCCUUUUCAACCCGCUUGUACCAUCUAUUCCCUUUCAUCUGCCACUCCGUGCUUAUACCAGGGUGCAAGACCGCUUGGCGCGAACAACUCUGCAUCGAGAAGAUCUGGUGCGAGGAAGGGGCCAAGUAUGGAUCUGGGCGGCAAUCAAAGUUGGGUAAUGUGAGGAAGACAGGGAAGAAGCCGUCUAGUGAGGUAGACAAGAACGUUACUCCUGAAGGCGCCGUUGCCAAGGAGAAUAAGGAUGAGGAUUAA